AUGGCUGAUGUCAAACCAACAACAACCCAUGUCAAUGCGGAGGUUCACUCCUCCACCGUCCGCUUUAUACGUUCUUCCUCCUCCAGCCUACAGACCCUCAGCUCUCUCCCAACAGAUCAACUCGUCGUUCUUUUCACGCCAGCAAUUCCCUCGGCUAGCGGCCAUGAAGACCCCUUCGAAUGCUUGGGUCGUUCUCUUAGCAAGCGCCACGCUCGGGUCCGGCAUGUGCCGUUUGUGGCCAAAGUCGGUCUGACCGAUCUCCACGCCGCAUGGAUACGAAAAGCAGGAGCUGUUGUCGUGGUCAAUUGCGACCCAGCCCUAUUGAUCGACACGAAGACGAAUAGCAACAUGCCUAGUCAAACGAAAUUCGCAACCCAAGUGGCAGUUGUAUUGCACAGUAUCCACGGCGGCUCGCAACCCCCACUGUGCAGUGUUCAUAUUAAUCCUUCCGUUGCUUCACCGGCGAAUCCCAAUGGCUACGACAACGUAGUCGUGUGCUCUUCUUAUUCGAUGGCGAACAUGGAGAAAGUUGCGUCAAUGUUGAUGUGCUAA